UUCUGUGUGUCAUCGCCGGCCUCCCGACAUGGUAGAGAUCGAAGAAGCAUCCACCGACGCCGAUGAGGUGACUCCACUGUUAAGCAACCCGAAACCCGAUCCGAACCAUUCAACUCGGACUAAGUCGGUUCGGACCGAGGUUCCGGAGGUCAAGGUCCACCUGUAUCGGCAAGGCAAGGGUCCUAUCGACGAAUUCACGAUGCCCUUAGGUGGAUGGGACCAGGAUCAGCUGGAGGUUCGUGAAAUUCUCGACAAAUACGGGUUCAAAUCGGUCUAUGCAUUCAAACCGGAUACGGGUCGGGGCGUUCCCAUCAGAUUCAACCCCCGUAACGGCCGAUCUAUUCUUACCUAUAGAGAUGGAUCCGAAAUCCAUAUUGAUGGAGAGCCUAAGAGAGCUUUUUGUGAUCAGAGCCUUCAGAAUAAAUUAUUUUUACAUCAGAAAUCAGUACUGAAACUGAGGAUAUCUGGAAAGGAAGCAGAAACUGCCUAGUUGAUGAAGGUUUAUGUGCUCUAGUUUUGCAGUUUGGCAUUUCAAUCUCGAAAAUUGAAAUGCCAAAAUAGCCGUGCUCUUUGUGUCAACUUGAUCUAUCUAUAAGCGUGAGUAUAAACAUGAUCUGUAGUCACCCAUUUAUAUCUUGAAUCGUUUGCAAGAGGUUUUCUUGAACUGCAUGAACUUUUGACAUUGUUGGACACUUUCCAGAAACUGUUGAAAGGAUAUCUAAAUUUGAUAUUACUGCUAAUUUUCCUGAGCGCUUACAUUGAAAACAAAAAUUGGCAAACGGGAAGACUUUACUUGAGAUAAAUAAGUUCUUCCAUAAAUCGGUUAUCAGGAAAAAAAAACUCUGUAUCAACAUGCAUGUUAACAUAAAUAAGGCCCACAUUGGCAGGCCCUAACAAUGAGAGAUCAUGAAAGGAAAUUGAAGGGAACUGCUCUCCACUCUCCAUAAUGAACUGAGAAUAUAUCAUCCCUUUUAUAACGGCAAAGGGCCAAAUAUACCCUUGUACUUUCGGAAAAGGUUUAAAUAUACCCUUCAUUAUACCCUGUUGUUAUACUUUGAGUUUAAAUAUACCCUUCAUUUAAACGGAGGGACACGUGUCAUCGUCCUAUCUCCUAAUUAAUUAAAAAGACUCAUACCCAUACCCGAAAAGCAAGUUUCAAAAACUUCUUCAUCAAUGGCCACGUCUUCUGUAGACUGUCAAGUAGGCUAUUACUUAUUUUGUACUUCUUCUAAUGACAUUUGUUGAGUGCACUAUUUACUUCAAACUUAUAAUAAAUAAGCUUUUUAUGGGCUUCCUUCUUUUUAUUUCAGCUAAUUAAAGCUAAAUCCUUGAUUUGAUUCUUGAUUCUACUCUAUCUUGAGAAAUCCAAAUAAGAUGAGAAGAGGACAUUUGGACUUCUUUUUAACAUUCCUACUAAGGGAAGUAUAAAGUUGGAUGGAUGGAGAUAAACCAGUAGGAAGGGAAUGAACAUUAUAUUAUUGACAAACAUCUUUCUCCAUUCAUGUUUUUUUAUGCUUUUCAUCAACCAGAGAGGAAGUUCCGUUGAUAUUUGCAUCUUUGUAGGGAAUCUAUGUUUUAGUGUCCUUAUCAACAAAAAAAAAAAUCUAUGUUUUAGUGUAGUAGCAGCCAUUGAUGAAGAAGCUUUUGAAGCUUUCUUUUCGGGUAUGGGUAAUGGGUAUGGGUAUGGGUA